AAAAGAAAACGAAAAAGAAAAAGAAAAAAAAAAGAUUUUUUAGAAAUUUCUGUACAGAAUAUCAGACUUGUGGUGGUGGUGGAAUAAAUAUUUCUCUGCAUCUGCUGCAUUCAUUUUUCUACUUCUUUCUAAACCAUCUCUUGUUUAAAAUCAGACUUGUCGUGGUGGUGGAAUUAAACAAGCAAUCUGAAUCAAACUAGUUCUAUCGCAUCAAAUCCUUAAGCUUGUUAAAGGAAAAAAGGUAGCUAGUGAGCUGAAAAUGGAAUGUGUCAUUGUUAGUGCUGUGGUGGGCAAGAUAGUAGAGUUACUUACUGGGGCUUUCUUGACAUCCACCAGGCGUUGAAUUGGUCAUGUGGUUCAUUACAAGAAAAAUAUGGAUGUUCUUGAUGCUGAAUUUGAGAAACUUAGCUGCAUGAAGGAUACGAUCCAAGCAAAAGUCAAUACUGCCCAAGAAAGUGCAGAAGUCAUUAAAGAGGAUGUUUCGGCUUGGCUAGAUAAAGGAAAGGAGGAAGACCGGAAAAGAUUAUUGGUAGCCAGACAAAACAUCACAUGUUUUCAUGUUUGUUCAAGGCAUCAUGUUAGCAAGGAAGGUAAAGAGUUGUUGUCUCAUCUUUCUGGGCUAAUAGAUGUUGGCGGCAAGUUUGAAACAGUUGGACACCCUGCUAUUUGGUACACAGCUACCACAAUAUUUGAGCAGUUUGAAUCCAGAGUAUCAGUUCAUAAACAGAUCAUUGACGUGUUGAAAGAUGAUAAAAUUUAUAAAAUUGGAAUACAUGGAAUGCCGGGUACCGGAAAGACGAGAAUGGUGGAAGAAAUAGCCAAACAAGCUAAAAAAGAGAACCUAUUUGAUGAGGUCGCCAAGGUAGUCUUCUCCCAAAGUCCUGAUUUGAAAAAAAUUCAAGAAGUGCUUGCAGACUGUUUACAUUUUCCAUUCGAAACAAAGACCGAAGAUGGGAGAAAGGGGGAGCUGUCAAAAAGAUUGACAAAUGGGAAAAAAAUCCUUGUAAUAAUUGAUGAUAUUUGGAGUGAUGAGCUUAAGUUGGAAGAAAUAGGAAUCCCACCUAGUGAUAAUGAUAUCGAGGGCUGCAAAGUUUUGUUGACCUCUCGGAGAGAAGAUGUGUUCAUUAAGAUGGGGGUUCUAACAAAAUUUCCAAUUGGACUUCUACAGCAACAUGAAGCAUGGAACCUGUUUAAGAAAACGGUGGGAGAUUUUAUUGAAUCUCCUCAUGAAAUUCAUUCUGUUACAAAACAAGUGUGUGGAGAAUGUGAUGGUUUACCCUUGGCAAUUCUUGUAGUUGGAGCAUCUCUAAGGGAUCAGAAAGAAAAGCCUGCUUGGGAUGAUGCACUUUCACAAUUGAACAAUUGUCAAGGAGAUAACAUUGAGGGAAUAAACGAAAAUUUGUAUUCACGCAUAGAGUGGAGUUAUAAUUAUCUAAAGCAAACAGAUGUUAAAUCUUGCCUUCUACAUUGUUCUUUGUUUCCAGAAGAUCAAGAAAUUCCGAUUGAUGUCUUGGUGAUGUAUGGAGUGGGAACGAGGUUUCUCAAGCAUAGCUCGUCUACAAUGAAAAGAGCUAGAGAUAGAACACAUGUAUUGGUUGAUACCUUGAAGAAAUCUCAUUUGCUGUUAGAAGGUGAAAGUAAGGACUUUGUCAAAAUGCACGACAUUGUUCGAGAUGUUGCCAUCUUAAUUGCAUCAAAAGUGGGAUUUCUAGCAAAAACAGGUGUCCCAAAGUGGCCGGAGAAAGAUGAGUAUGAAUCCCGCCGGGUAAUCUCAUUGAUUUCCCAAAAUAUUUAUGAGCCUCCUAGUGAGUUAGAAUGUUCAGAACUAUGCACAUUGGUAUUGGGAUGCGAUUACUAUCGCAAACCACAAGUUCCAGAUAAUUUUUUUAAAGUGAUGAAAAAGCUUGAAGUUUUAGUUUUGCAUUCGGUGCGGUUGCCAUCAUCACCUCUAAAUCUGAUCAACCUUCGGAUGUUGCGUCUCUCUGACUGUGAACAGGUGAGCCUAGCUUUUCUCAAGGAACUAAGAAAUCUUGAGAUACUAAGCAUUGUUUAUUCUAAUGUCGAAGAGGUGGCUGUGGAAGUAGGACAGUUGACUAACUUGCGGUGGUUGGAUUUAAGGGAAUGUGAAAACCUCAAGAUCAUUCCAUCAGGUGUCAUAAAAAGUCUAUCCAAAAUUGAGGAACUGUACAUUCCACAUGAUUUUGGGGAAUGGGGGGUUGAAGGGAAUGCAAGGCUUGAUGAACUUAAUUCAUUGACUGGCUUAACCACUUUACAAAUUCACAUAAGAGAUUGCAUGCUACUGCCCAAUGUGCUCUGCUUUUAGUGCUUGAACAGAUUCAAAAUAUCAGUUGGGAGGACUAAGGGUUUUGAUUAUUAUGAAGAAGACUUAGGAGCAGGGAUGUUGAAACUUGAUGAUAUUAGUUUGAGGAAGGAGUUCAAUAUUUUGAUGGAGAAAGCUGAAGUACUUCUUUUAAAAAGAGUGGAAGGUGUAAAGAAUGUGCUUCACUGUGGAGAUGGAAAAGGGUUUCUGGACUUGAAAUAUCUUCAAAUUGAGGACUGCAGUGACAUGGAAUAUCUACUUGGUAGAGAAAAAUGGAAUGUACAAACUCAGGGUUCUUUCUGCAAAUUAAGUGUUCUAAUAGUUGAAGAUUGUACCUUGAAAUUUCUGUUUUAUCCAUCCACAGCAAGAGCUCUUCUACAACUCCAAAAAUUAGAUAUAUCAAGAUGCGAAAUCAUGGAAGAAAUAAUUCUAGAUGAUGAUGGGGAAGUAAAGGAUAAAGUUAUUUUUCCUCAAUUAAAGGAAAUGAAGUUGAGGAAUUUACCAAACCUCAGAAGCAUCUGCUGCGCCAAUAGGAAGAAAACGUCAAGCACAGAGUGCAAUACUUCCGACCUUACACAAGCUUUAUUUAAUGAAAAGGUUUCAUUCCCUGCAUUGGAGGAACUAAAGAUAAGAAAAUUGGAAAGCAUUACAUGGAUAUGGGAUAACCAAUUAUUCCUAGCUUCAGAAGCAAAAGAACUAAGGGAGAUAGAGAUAGAAAGAUGUCAGAAACUGGUAAAUGUGAUACCCUCAAUUUGAUUCCAAGGUUACAGAAUCUGGAAACGGUCAAAAUUGAAAGGUGUGAGUCAGUGGUGUCAGCAGUCGAAGUGCUUACUAUUGAAAAAGGGUUUGCAACAUCAAUGGAACUACCUCGGUUAAAAUCAAUGAUUCUUAAGUCACUACCUAAGCUGAUGCUCAUGGGUUUGAACAGAAACGAACAUUCUGAUCACAGACCUAACAUUGGUGCCUAUUCAAACCUAACAUCUCUUAACAUUAGAGACUGUCAUAGUUUGAGAAAUGUAUUCUCAUCAUCUAUCGCAAGAAAUCUUAAGCAGCUACAAGAUUUGACAGUAAUAGACUGUGUGCAUAUAGAAGAGAUAAUUGCAAUUAAAACAAGAGAAGGAAAAGAUGAGGUAGUGGAUGAGGAGAUCAUUGUUUUCCCUCGAUUAAAGGAAAUGAAUCUUACAGAGUUACCAAAUCUCAAAAGCUUUUGUGGGCCCAAGAAAGAAGCAGUGGAGGAUGACAAUAUUCCCCAACUACAAUCCCUCUUCAAUUACAAGGUACGUAUUUCCUAACUCCAAUUUAACAUAUAUGCAUCAUUCACGUUUUU